UUGGUGCAGUUGCCUGCGUUUGAAUGAGUGUGCCCCUGUGGCCGGACAUUGGCAUCUGUACAGUUGUGUGACCAGUAAUAGGUGGCGUGACUGCAAAAGGUUGUAGAUUUUGUACGGCCCUGUGUGUGGCUGUGUCUGUGUCUAAUGUUAGCUGUGUGUAGAACUACAUCAUGGUGUGUUUGUAAAGGGCUGUAAGCCACUGGAUUAUAUACCUUUGUGUCUGAGGCUGCAUCUGUGUUUGACAGGAUUGUGUGACUUCGUCUUCUAUAGUUUUGUGACCACAUAUCCCAGAAUGCCCUUGUGUCUGUUUAGUUGUAGCUAAACCACGCCACUAUAAUUGUCUGAUUGUAUGUGAUUGGGUAAUUCCGUGUGCUUAUGAAUUCUAUGUCUGAGGGAUUAUGUGACUACAACAUUGUGUAACUAAACAGCACAUGGUUGUAGCUUCCUGACUACAUGGUUUAUGUGAUGCACAGACAAGUACAUGGCAGGGUCUACAUGGUCAGUGUGGCUGAGGUGACCAGGAAUUUGUGGCAUUAUGUAAUUGCAUGUUACAUGUCACAUAUGUAAAUGUAUGUGUGAACUAUAUGUCUGUGAUGUGUUGUGCUCACGUUGGCCACCCCGGGAUCCCAGGGCACCACAGUGGAGGCCCCUGGUGCAGCACCUUGGAUCCUGCCCCCUUGUGGGACAGAAAUCAGGCAGUAGCAGGACCAGGGCAAGUGUUGGAGUGGGUCUCCAGCAAGUCGGGUGCUUCCUGUGGUCCAAUCCAAUGGUUUCAUCCCAUCCAGGUGAGGCGGCCGACUUCUCCCCAGACCCAGCUGUAGUGGCACCAGCUUCAACUUCCACAUGGCCACUCCCCGCAGUGCUCCCUGGGAGGCCGCGGUAGGCAGUGGAGGCUGAUGAGCAGGGGCCCUCCUGUCGGGGCUCAGGCCCUGAAAGUUCAGAACCCAGGCAAUUUCAAGGCAAGCUAACGUGAAGCCCCAGCGUCUAGCCCUGCCACUCACCAGGGACAGCGCUUUGGCUGUGCUGGGCCCCCACCUGAUAGCAGCUUCCACCGUCUGGGGUGGCUGAUAAUGCUUGGCCUGGCAGGGAGCUUGUGCCAAGUCCCGCCAUCAGCACGGCUGUUUCUGUUUUGGGGGAGGGGGAGAAGGAGGGGUGUGCAGGGCCCCAGUUGAGGGAGAGGGGUAUCUAGAAGCCCCUUCCCAGAACCCCCAUUCCACCUGUCACCCCCUCUCCAGGUAGGUAAAUGAGAGGCCUCCAAGUCUUUCCUUCUUUGGGGGAGCCAGUACUUCACUUUAUGUAACACUCGAACCCCCAAACCUCUGGACCCCUAGCCCCUGAACAUCUGACUGAGCUUUGGAUGCAGGGUCAGUCUUUAAGGCGCUGUGCCAAACAGGCCAAGGCAAGUUCUGUUCCCCAGAAAUGGUGACACCCCCCGCCUUGCCUGACCCUUAUCAGGGGUUGCAGCCAAUCAGCUGAGAGCACAGAGGAGCCUUCCAAGGGGCCAUCAGAGCCUCAGAGCCCACGAGGCCACAAAGGGAGAGGAGACCUGAGGCCCUUGGAUGGGCACCAGCCAGCCAUGGCCACAGCUGACACCACCUUGCCUUCCAUCAGUACGCUGACUGCCCUGGGCCCCUUUCCAGACACACAGGAGGACGUCCUCAAGUGGUGGCGCUUUGAAGACGUGCAGGACUUGGGCCCAGGUCCCCCGGACCAGACUCGGCCGCUCCUCCACGUGAGGCCCAAGUUGGAGGACGCGCUUGGGGAGAGAGAAGACGACGACGAGAGGGAUGCGGCCACCGCCUGGGACCUGGAUCUCUUCUUCACCAACCUGUCGGGCGCAGAGCCCAGCGGCCUGCCUCAGACCUGCGCUCUGGCGCCGGGCGAAGGUCCCGGAACGCACUUCCCCCCGCAGCCCGAGACCCUGGAAGCGUACGCGGGCGGCCUGGGGUUGGUGGCUGGGCCCUUGGGUUCCGAGGAGCACCCGGGCUGGGCGCGCCCGGCCCCACAAGCUCCAGCCCCCGACGCCUUCGUGAGCCCAGCCCUGGUCCCGGCUCCCGAGCCCAAGGCACUGCCGCUGCAGCCAGUGUACCCGGGGCCCGGUGCGGGCUCCUCCGGCAGCUAUUUUCCGCGGACCGGGAUUUCCGUGCCUGCGGCGCACGGCGCCCCCUAUGGGUUGCUCUCCGGGUACCCAGCACUGUACCCGGCGCCGCAGUACCAAGGGCACUUCCAGCUCUUCCGCGGGCUCCCAGCGCCCGUCCCCGGCUCCGCCGCGCCCCCCUCCUUCUUGAAUUGUCUGGAACCGGGAACGGCGGGUGCGGGACUCGGGGGAACCGCAGGAGACCCGAGAGGGACCGCGGAGACCCGCCUGGCUUGCCUCACCCCAGUCCUGGUCCAGGCUGAGCAAAGGAGUGUGGCCAGAUGCAGUGGCGGACCUGAGGGAGGAGUGGGGCAGACAAUGGCACUCAUGGUCUCCUGCCUUCCAGGGGAGAAGCCAUACGCCUGCACAUGGGACGGCUGCGGCUGGAGGUUCGCGCGCUCAGACGAGCUGACCCGCCACUACAGGAAACAUACGGGACAGCGCCCCUUCCGCUGCCAGCUCUGCCCUCGGGCUUUUUCUCGCUCGGAUCACCUGGCCUUGCACAUGAAGCGUCACAUUUGAGCCAACCCCACCACCACCCCCGGCGCUUGGACCUUCCUGGGGUCUGGGGAUGGAACAGGAGCGGAUCCACGCAGGGCGGUUUCCCUCCGAUGGACCCUGGCCCGGACUCUCGACCCACAGAUCCCCAGGAAGAACAAGGACUGGCCCAUAGGCAGACCUGGGGGAGCUCCCACAUGUCCUGAGCCACAGGGAGCCACACAGAGACUUCCCAGGGUCAUGUAGACCCAACGAGACAGACUUCCAAAUAAAUGGACGCAGAUGGACACUCACACACUUGAGACAGACAGACCCUCGGAGAGCUGGACCCUCAGACCAGCUCACAGGCGGCCUUGGACAGCGGAAGGGGUUAUGGGGUGAGGCUUCUCAGAGACCCUGGUUCUAGAAGGGGUCUUCACACUGUAACGUCCCAGCUCCGCGUGGUGGCUGGCACCUCUUGUGAAUGGUUAUGGGUCCUGUACCAAUGCUCUUCCUAGAUAAAGCUUCAGCUGUGGCCUGGA